UAAGGGAGAAUCCAUGAAGAUGUGGGUUUGCUGUAUGAGAGCCUUGGCGUGAAACUUGUGUAAAACAAAUGGUGUCACUUGUUGAGAAACGUGAAUUUCUUGUGUCGUAGAGAACAAGAGGAAGGGCACCAUUUGAAUGCAAAACUCGCGGGAGAAGGGAUGUGAAACUAGCGAGCUGAACAAAAGCCAAGGAAAGGAAAGGAAAGCGGAAGGGAAAGAUAGACUGAGACGGAAAGAUGAACCGGCUUGCGAAGUCCGGACCGGGCAGCCAUCUUUCUACGAGAGCAGGCGUUCGCGGGCAUGAGAAAGGCCACCGGCUUGUCGUUGGUCUCGAGUGUUGAAGUUGCUCGGCGGUGGUUAUGUGCACUUUUCUCGCACUUUUCCUCGUCACCUCGACUCGUCCUGACACUUGUCGGUCCGAAGUGGCAAGCCAUGACUUCUCACACAUGGCGCGCCUGCCUGUGAGUCUUCUUCAGUUUCGCUGGCUUCCAGAUGACACCACAUUUUGCCGACGAAGAACGAACGCGUUUCUCCUCAAUUCCUCUCGCCAGCCCUCGAGUUUCAUCUCUGCCCUCAUAAGAAAUUUGCACAUAAAAAUUGCACACGUUCCAUUUUCCUCGUGUCGCAAAUUCUUAGCCUCUGAUAAAUUCCGCCGUAUGUCUGGUCGCAAUUUAAUAAACAUCCGUGUUGUUAAAAUCCCUCCCGGGAUCCGAGUUACAAGUUCCCGAGUUUGCUAAAAGGAACGGGUUGAUGAGCGCAGAGAGAUGGGGGCAGUUGCGGCGUGCGUCACGGCAACGUUGCAUUCGCAUGGGUUUCGAAGAAGAUCCGCGGAGGAGAAAUUGGCUGUGACGGAGACGACGAGGGACAGCCUCGUCGUUGCCGCCGGGACGCCUUCUGUUAGACGAUUGGAAAGCUCUUGCGCUUGCUCGUUCCCUCUUUCGGCGGUUGCGAGCUCUUUCAGGAGUAGAUUCGAGGGUAGAUUUGAUGAGUGGGGUAGGAAUUGGAAAGUUGCAACGCCGGUGCCUGAUCGAGCCGAAAGAGGGGGAAUUCAAGAAGUUGUCUCGGAGCAGAAAUUUGACACCAAGGUGUCUGCUGCAAGAGGAGGGAAAAUUAAAUGCGACCCUCUGCGAGUCGUUUUGUUCCAGGGCUUUAAUUGGGAGUCAUGGAAAUGCGGCAAGUGGUAUGAGGUUCUCCAGACGAAGGUGAAGGACCUGGCGGAUGCUCAAAUCACAGAUAUCUGGCUACCUCCUCCCAGUCAUUCCGUGGCCCCACAAGGGUAUAUGCCUGGGAGACUCUAUGACCUGAACUCCUCCAAGUAUGGAAAUGAGGAGCAGUUGAAGAGGUUGAUUGACGCCUUUCAUGCAGUAGGGAUCCGAGUCAUAGGGGACAUUGUCAUAAACCAUCGCUGCGGGGAUAAGCAAGAUUCGAGGGGAGUUUGGUGUAUAUUUGAAGGGGGUACUCCCGAUGAGAGAUUAGACUGGGGUGCAUGGGCGAUCACGAGUAGUGAUGGAGCUGGAGAUGGCUCCGGACAACCGGAUACCGGGGAGGAUUUUGGAGCUGCUCCUGAUAUCGACCACACGAACGAGCGAGUUCAACGAGAGCUAGCAGAAUGGUUGAACUGGCUCAAAAACGACAUCGGAUUUGAUGGCUGGAGGUAUGAUUUCGCCAAAGGGUACCAUGGCAAGUUUGUGGGCCUUUACAAUGAAAGGACCUCGCCUCUGUUUUCGGUUGGGGAGGUUUGGAGCACUAUGAACUAUGGAAAUAAUGGUCUGGAAUAUAAUCAAGACAAUCACAGACAAGGACUCGUCGAUUGGGUGAACGCCACGGGUGGGCGUUCAACAGCGUUUGACUUCACCACCAAGGGAAUUUUACAGGAUGCCUUGAGGGGACAGUUGUGGAGACUCAAAGAUCCUCGUGGUCAUCCACCAGGUUUGAUUGGAUAUAUGCCAGAAAAAUCUGUAACAUUCAUUGACAAUCAUGACACUGGCUCUACUCAAGGUCACUGGGCCUUCCCUUCGGACAAAGUCAUGCAAGGAUAUGUCUACAUUCUUACCCAUCCGGGAAUUCCCUGCAUAUUCUGGGAUCAUUAUUUCGAUUGGAAAAUACUGCAGUUUGGAAUCAAAGAGCUUAUAGAUGUGCGCAAACGCAAUGAUAUUCGAGCCAACAGCAAGCUUGACAUUUUGACGGCAGAGCAAGAUCUGUACGUGGCUAGAAUAGAUGACAGAUUGCUAGUGAAGAUUGGUCCCAGACUGGAAAUAGGGCAUCUGGCUCCGCCCUUGAAUGAAUGGAAUGUGGCCUCCCUUGGGGACGGGUAUAUAGUAUGGGAGAAGAAGUCGAAGUGAAAUCCAAUUUUGCAACAGGCGAAAUGAUCCUCUCUCCAACGACUUGUAAAGCAACAUGGUGCACCAUUUGAACUACGAAGGCAGGAGACACCAUUGCUUCCAGAAACAUGAGGUUAAACCGUCAAAGCUAGAGAAGAAAUAGAGCUCCACAUUGGAAGUGAUUUCCCUGCAAACAAGUGAAGAUUCCUGUAGGAUCCAAUUCAGCACCGCCUUUUAUACCUUAGUUGGAGUACAAAGGGGUACAAAGGGAACAAGUCAUUCGUAAAGAAGGGAGGGAUACUAUCAUUGGAACCGGCCCUUCGAAAGACAAGAAAUUGAUCUUUUACAAUUACAUUUUUAAAACAUUAUCUCACCCUUAUAAGGGUAAUUCGAUUGUUUCAGAGGUCAAGCUUGAACUUCAAAUCAAGAGAACUAUUCG